UUACACAAGACUAUGCUGAAGCCACUCACAGUGGGUGAUGUCGGUUGUCGGAGUUGUUGAGGCGCAAUCCGCUUAGAAGUAAAAAGGUGGCUGUUUUUUUUUUGCGGGGAUACGAAGCAGCGGAGAGAGAACUCAGACGGGUCAUGGCAAAGAAGUCAACUCCAGGCUGGUUUGGGGUUUUUCUCUGUGUUGCCACCACAGCCAUUCUUGUGGGGAGUCCGGUCAGCGCCCAGCAUUUUAGGAGCCAGUUUCACCGACCAACCAGGAAUUCAGAGCCUCUUGUGAUACCGGGCCGUGUUUCAAGGGUCUAUCUGAGCAAGGAGCAGCUCAGACAGCUGCACUUCAAGCCCACCAUAGGCUCCAUCCAGCUAUCGGAGGGACAUGAGGCGAAGUUCAACUGUUCAAUCGACAUCCCCGAUACCAAGGUGGAGCCCAUCAUCAUCUGGGUGAAGAACGGCCAGGAUCUGGCAGCAAACUCUCAGGUGGUGAUCAACGAGCUCCAGACCAUCACAGAUGGGGUUGCAACUCUCCUCUCCACGGUCAGCAUUAACUAUGUGCAGAGAGUGGAUGCUGGGGAGUAUAGCUGUAGACUGAGUAUCGGCAACAGGAUGGUAGAGUCUCAGCCAAUUAUCGUCGAAGUGGAUGGCCUGCCGACGUUUAUCCAUCAACCUGAGGACAUGAACGUAACAAGAAACACAGGUUUCACGCUGUCAUGUGAGGCGGUAGGACCUCCAGACCCCGUUCAGAUCCGCUGGCUCCGUAAUGGAUUACCUGAUAGUGACUAUCAUAACUCUCCCAGCCACUACCCUGUGUCAGGUGUGGACAAGUACACUCAGUUCAGCUGUGAAGCUUACAACGCAAAAGGUGUCAGCACCUCCAGAGAAGCAAAUAUCAACAUCAAAGUGCUUCCCAGUCCUGUGUCUAAUAUUACUGUGAUGGAAAGUCAGUCCAGUAAGCUGAUGUUGAGCUGGAGCCCUGGUGACGAUGGCUUCUCACCACUCACCAAAUGCCACAUCAGGGUUAAAGAGGUGAGUCGACGGAAGGGGGAGGUGAUGACCACCAGGCUCAUCAACGUCACCGUGCCGCCUUUCCAGUGUGAAGUCCCUGGGCUGCAGGCUAUGACGUCGUACAACAUGAGUGUUUCUUGCAGCAAUGAGUUGGGAGCCUCUCCUGUCACCAUGUGGAUCCAGGGCAACACAACAGAGGGAGUGCCAUCAGUUUAUCCCCGAAACGUCACCCUACAGCUGAACGAGUCGCAGCUGGUGAUCAGAUGGAAGCCUCCACCAGAUGAUAAGAUAAACGGCAUCCUGCGUGGUUAUGAUGUUAUUGUCAGACAUGGCAUACAGGAGAAAAAGAUCCACAGUUACACCACCACAGUCUCUGUAGCUCUGCAGGAAUUUAACACAACCUACAGUGUGGAGGUGGCUGCGUGCACCCAGGCAGGGAGCGGCAUGGUCAGCCCACGAGUCUGGCUGUUUGUGCCAGAGGACAAAUCAGUCGUGUCCCCAUCAUCCCCCCCUGACACUGGGGUUCCAGACUCUGUCUAUGUUGGGCUGGGCGUGGUGUGUAGCUUCUGUCUUCUGCUGAUUAUCCUCUGGGGGGGUAUCUGUGUGUACAACAGGACUUCUGACUCUUGGCAGGUGUUUGGCCAUGGAGAAAAACCACAGCCUAUCGCACAGUACAAACCUCAGAGAUCCUACAAUCGAUCAGCCAAUGGAGUCACACUCGGGAAUCUUGGUGUUAGUGACGAACUCCAAGCCAAACUUCAGGACGUGAUGGUCACGAGGAACUUGCUCUCGAUAGGGAAGAUUCUUGGAGAGGGUGAAUUUGGCUCUGUGAUGGAGGGACAUUUAAGACAACCAGACGGAAUGUCAGAAAAAGUUGCUGUGAAGACGAUGAAAUUGGACAGCUUCUCUCAAAGAGAGAUUGAAGAGUUCCUGAAUGAGGCAGCCUGCAUGAAAGAUUUCCACCAUCCUAAUGUCAUCAGACUGCUCGGUGUAUGCUUGGAAGUAAGCCCAGGACAUUUUCCCAAGCCCAUGGUCAUUCUGCCAUUCAUGAAAUAUGGAGAUCUGCAUAGCUUCCUGCUGCGCUCACGCCUCGGAGAGAGUCCAAUGUUCUUGCCCACUCAGACACUCCUGAAGUUCAUGAUAGACAUUGCUUUGGGUAUGGAGUAUCUCAGCGGGCGUAACUUUCUUCAUCGUGACCUGGCGGCUCGCAACUGCAUGCUGCGGGAUGAUAUGACAGUGUGCGUAGCAGACUUUGGGUUAUCCAAGAAGAUCUACAGUGGAGAUUAUUACAGACAAGGCAGAAUAGCCAAAAUGCCUGUAAAAUGGAUUGCAGUGGAGAGUUUGGCAGACAGAGUGUUUACUGUAAAAAGUGAUGUGUGGGCAUUUGGCAUUACCAUGUGGGAGAUUGCUACACGAGGCAUGACGCCCUACCCAGGCAUACCAAACCAUGAGAUUUACGACUACCUCGUUGAAGGACACAGGCUGAAGCAACCAGCAGACUGUUUGGAUGAGCUGUAUGAGAUCAUGUACAGCUGCUGGAGGGCCGAUCCAUUGGACCGACCCUGCUUUCCUCAACUGCGAGAAAUGUUGGAAAAGCUCACAGAAAAACUUCCAGAGUCUUUCAGCAGGGACGAUAUCAUCUAUAUUAACACCAGCUUUCCUGAAGAGGGCCCUGAUGGAGAAACACUUCCUACAGAACAUCCUGUGUUCAGCUCCUCGCCUUCCUGCAGCCAUCUGGCAGCGGAAAAUUCAGUAGUUACAGCAGACAUUCACGGGAGCCUGGAGGAUGAGGAUGAGGAUAACGACGAUGAUGAUCGCUAUGUGGUAGUGAUCUCCUCUGAUCCUUCCCUGAGAUCUCCUACGGCGGACACUCCUCUUUUGUCAAGUGAUGCUUUAAGUCAAGCAAAUGGAGACAUGGUAACUGAUGUGACAGGCAUGGAUCAGAGUGCAAGUGACACUUCAUUCCUGCUGUAAUGAUUGGUACCCAGCAGAUUAAAACUGUUCUAAAACUGUCAGCUUGAUCCAUCAGUACUAAACAUUUGGCCUCGUUGCACUGGGAGCACCUUGACGUUUCCUGAUGUGGACUUUUUAUAAUGUGGUUGAAUAAGCAGUUUGAAUGUUGUCUGUGUGCGUCAACAUCAAACAUGUUCAUGCACAUGUUCCGAUAAGCUUAAGAUACACUGAACUGUGAAAUAGUUUACCAUAUUGUAUUCUAUGCCGCAAUGUAAAUACAGAAAUGUACAGAACAUUUAUAAAGUGAUCUUGUAUACUGUAAAAAUAAACGCUUUAUUGACUCA